AUGCUUUCAAAUGGCGCAUUAGAUGGAGAUCCGUAUGGAGUCGCACCAUUUCAACAAGGAAGAACAUUUAUGACACCACCACGCAAUCCACCAGUUUUCUAUAAUAACUCAAGUUAUUCUCAACCAUCAAUAAUGGCACGUGACGGACCAUUGACUAACCCUGUUGGCGGUCCUAAUAACAAUAAUUCUAGUGCUUACUUAACUGAUUUGCAUUCACAUUCAGUACAGAGCAAGUAUUCACAUCCUAAUAAUCUUUUGGGCACAUCACGUUUAGCACAUCUUGGCGUUAGUGGACCAUUCAGUAGUCUUGGACCAGUUUCAAGUCAUGUCGAUGCAGCUGCUUUGGAUAGUACUUCAAGGAUAUCUCCCGAUAAUAAUUUAGAUUUCUACGGUUAUUCUCAAGCAGCACCCUACAGUAUGCAGCAGUUAACUGAUGAUGAUCUCUUAAUCAGUGGUUCGAAUCAUGAAGAAAAAGAACGUACAGUUCCACCUGAUAUGUCAUCGGUUCGACAAGCUCGACCUGAUUAUGCAUAUUUUAUGACUGAUGAAUUAAGAGCUGAACUGUUCAGACGUAAUCAAAUGUUAACUGCAUGUGCCAAUCUCGAUGUAGCUGCAGCUAUGCCCGAACGAGUAGGUGAUUAUUAUAAUUUAAUGCCGCUUGAUAGUAGUCAAGCAAAUGUUCCACAUAAAUCACGAACUUUUCGUUAUCAAACACUAAGCUAUAAAGCAACACAUAUGCGAACCAAUGCUGCAUGCUAUUUAAAACGAAUAAUGGGUUGUAAAUUACCAACAGUUCGUUUAUAUGAAGUUGUUGAAGCAUGGAAAAAAAUCAUUCACGCUAAUAUUGUCCAAUUACGUGAAGUUUUUCUAACAAAAGACUUUAACGAUGAUCAACCUUCUACGGUUUUUGUCUAUGACUUCAUACCCUGUUCUGAAACAUUACAAAAGCGCCAUUUUAGUGCGAAUAAUAGCCUAUUAAAAGGGUGGUCAAAUCCAUAUAAUAUAUCUGGUGAAGAUCGCCCGUUUAGUGCUGGAAAAGGAACUAAUCAAACGGGUCUCUUAGCUGAAACACUUAUUUGGGAAUAUGUUGUACAGAUAUCAUCAUUGAUUCGAACAUUGCAUGCAGCAUUACUUUCGUGUCGUUGUUUACAUUUAUCAAGAAUACUUGUUGAUGGCGAUUCAAAAACAGGCCGUGCAAAAUCAAGAUUAUGGUUAAGUGGUGUCGGCAUCGCUGAUAUACUCGAAGGAAAUAUAAAUGGAACUAUUCAACAGCAUAUACAAAAUGAUCUACAAGAUUUUGGCCGUUUAAUAUUAAUGUUAGCAUGUAAUUCCAUUGUAGGCGCACAGAAGGAACAUUUGCAAACAUCAUUGGAAAUUGUUCAAAGAAGUUAUUCACAUGAUCUUAAAAAUCUUAUACUACAUUUCUUGUUACCUUCAAAUACAUUGAAACCGAAGAAUAUUAAUGAUUGUAUGCCUAUGAUUGGUGCACGAUUUUAUGCAUAUAUCGAUAAUUUGCAUGUGCGCGGUGAUAUACUUGAAAAUGAAUUAGCAAAAGAACUCGAUUGUGGUCGUUUAUUUCGACUGAUUUCUAAACUCAAUACACUUCUUGAACGACCCGAACAUUCGAUGAAUCAAGCUUGGUCAGAAACAGGUGAUCGUUAUAUUCUAAAAUUGUUUCGUGAUUUUGUAUUUCAUUCGAUUGGCUUCGAGGGUGAACCGAUUGUUGAUAUGGCACAUGUUGUUCAAUGUCUAAACAAAUUUGAUGCUGGUUCACAUGAUAAAAUCUGUCUUACAUCGCGUGAUGAACAAAACGUUAUGAUUGUUAGUUAUUCCGAAUUACAUCAAGCAUUCGAAAGAGCUUUUACUGAAUUAAUGAACUACGGAGCAACAGGAUCAUCUUGA